AAAUAUGUGUUCUAAGAUUAAAUACAAAAGUAACAAGCUUCUGACAUCAACAACACACAUAAUAGAUAUGAUAUGCCAUAUCUGCUCCUGUGAACCCUUGCUGGAUUGUUUCAAAACAAUUCAGGCUUGUUUUUUCUACCUUAAAGUAGGGCUGGGGGAUAUGAGAAAAAUCUAAUAUCCUGAUAUAUUUUUGCUAUAUCACGAUAUGUAUCACAAUAUUCUUAAAUGAGCUCCAAUGUCAUUUUAAACUAUAUUCCUUCCAGCAUGAUGUCACCCAUUCAAAGUUCCCGCCCCCAUUUCCCUGCUAGACCUAAAUGUAAAUUCAUAUAAAAAGGGAUGCAGUGUUUUGCUACGAACUGUUUACACUAUGACUAGAUAACAAGGCGAGAAAUAAGUUUUAACUGUGAAAAACUUAAAAGUAGUUCAGUUAUGCUUGACUUUUAAAGCUUAACACAGAUGUGUAGCAGAAUAAGUUGUAUUUUGGUUCAGCUUAAAAAUAAAAAGGCAACCCACACACAAACUGACAGAGCAUCAGAAAAGCAGGUGUUUAAAUUAGCUAAUCAGCCACAGCUGUGUUAGCUUGGCUAUUAGCAGGCAGCUAAUCUACAACAGUGAUCGCUUAUUAAUAAUCGCAAAACAUACAACAAGUCUAAAAUCAUAAAACUGUAACAAACUGAAUGUUCUGCUCUAUAUGGGGGCAAUGUUUGAGUGUUUUUAGUUCUGAAUCCUAAGACAAAACGUUGCGUUGUUGUCAGUUGUUAUGGCAACGAGUCUGCGUGUAGUAAAGCCGACAGAGAACAGAAAAAAGAAUGUGUGGCUUUUGAGUUAUUAUUCCCAUUGCAUAUCACUAAACGAAUCAUCCCUACAUCUCCAGGUUCAGGUAACUAAACCGCUGGAGAUGUUUAUUUUAUAGUUUAAUGGGAUUAUUAAACCCUGGUGGCAUAUUUAACAGUUAUCUGAAUGCAGCAGGCUUUGCAAACCACAAGAAUAUAAAGCAUUCAUUGCUUGAUCUCUACCACUACAACAAUCUGAUCAGAUGUCUAAAAUUUUUGCAUAAAUAAUUAAGAACCACACAUGUGGGAUAUCAAACAGCUGCAUACCAGCAAUAACAGCCAACCAACCAGCCAAGUAUUCACUUUUUGUCACUCUUCUACUUUGACUAUGAUUACACUCCUACUUGUUUCGAUCUGCGUCUUUGCUUCAAAACACCUGAGUCAAAUAAUGUCAUUAGCAGAACUUGACUCCAUAGUGAGGUGGUAGUUCAGCCAUUUGAUUCAGGGACACACCAAAAAGUUUCAGGAUAUACAACCUUGAGGCCUGGAUUUGGAGAUCCCUAGUACAUGCCUAUUCAGUUGACUAGUCAGGCGUACUGUAAAAUGCUUUUACAUACUGCCAAAUAUCCUCACUGUGCUGUGAAUGGGUUGCUGGUGGCAGAAAAGACAAAAGAGAAAAAGAAAGACGGUCACAGUGGUCCAGUUUUGUGCGUGGACUGUGUCCCUCUUUUCCACGGUACUCUUGCUCUGGCACCAAUGCUGGAAGUAGCUUUGACAUUGAUUGAUACUUGGUGUAAAGAAAAUAACUACAUUAUUGUCGGAUAUUAUCAAGCCAAUGAACAGACAAAGGAUUCAAGACCAAAUCAGGUUGCUCAAAAAGUGGCUGCCAGGAUUUUGGAGAACUUCAGUGAAGCCGCUAUUGUUAUGGUGGACAGCAGCCGAUUGACAAUGAGCUGCUUUGAGCCCAUUGUGUUUAUCCACGAUCAUCAUGAAAACAAGUGGAAAGUCAGAGAAGUCACGACGGAUGCUUUUGAGGAUUGGAGCGAAGCACAGAAGAUCACGUCCGCCCUGCUGGUGGGCAGGUCCUAUGAGAGCUUGAUUGACUUUGACAACCACUUGGAUGAUCUCAGGAAUGACUGGACCAACCCUACCAUUAACAAAUCGGUCCUGGAUCUCUGUUAAGACUUUCAGUGCAAAUCUUUGGAGCGCCGCGUGGAAUUUUGCAUCCAUUUCUGCUCGCAUGAUGCUACAUUAAAAACCUCCUGCACUGAACGAAUUGGUGGAGCACUGAUCUUUCAGACUGAAGUCUCUCAACUGCAGCACAGUUGGCCUCAGUCCACCUUUUCAAGGUGACGCUGAGGUGAUAAAAGUUAUUUGUUCUUAAAUGAAACAUUUCUGUUAUUUUGGUUUGUGAAAUUGUUGCUACAGAUGCGUGCAAAAGAUCUAGAAUGUUUGACUUUUGUAAAUUGAAAAGGUAGUAGCCAUACCGAAAUCAAGUUUUAACUUAUUAAUAAAGCAUUCGUAAUAAUUUCUAAUUGAAGGUGUGAGAAUAAAACUAUAGGGAUGACUUCUAAUUGUUACUUCUUAAGGUUUAAAACAAAAUUCACAUGUAAAUGUACCUUGAUGCUGGAAAAACCUACACUGACCUACUUUAAUGCUUCAUACUAACAAACUUUCUUAUUUAUAACUCUCCACAAAGUUUUUGAAUGUUAGUUUUGGCUACAGAUAGGUUUAAAUUUACCGUACUUUUUAAAAUGUCUGAAAUGUAACGGGCCAUUAGAAUGUGUGGAUUUUGUUUUUCACUAGAUGCUUGUUUGAAUAACUUGCUUGAAGCUGUGUGUUCUUAAUUGACUUCUAAAUCACUUAAAUAUCGGAAUUAGAUAAAGAUUUUGACGUUAUAGAGCUGCCUUCGUAUUGGAUAAAACUGUCCAGAGUUAACUUUAAAUUUGUUUAAAAACUUGAGACAUUUUUACCGAACCUUUAUGAACUGAAUGUAAAAUGAAAUUGGUUUCUUAAAGUGUCAAGGUACUUGCUGAAGUUUUUUUUUUCUUUUGUGAAAUAAAUUUGCAGUCUUUUAUUCAA